AUGACAACAAUCAUCCCACAAUCAACCGCUCCAACUGUCCGCUACCUGUCUACCACACAGGCAUACGACCUCUGGGCAGCUGUGUACGACACCGACGGCAAUUUCUUGCAGGCCCUCGACACGCUGGAAGUGAAGUCUUUAUUGCCGCGCAUGCUUGAUAUGUUGAAUGAUGGAUCAUGUCCCCAGCCCUGGAAAUUCGUGGAUUUGGGUUGUGGCACCGGCAGGAAUACUGCGGCGCUGCUAGAGGUCGGUAAAGCAUCAACGGUAGUCGGGCUGGAUGUAAGCCCUGGCAUGCUGGAAGUCGCGAAGAAGCGGCUGCAGAGGUUCCAUGCAGAAGGAAGACUGAGGCUCGAGGUGUUUGACAUGCUGCAAGAAUCAUCGCUACCAGAGUCGGCAAGAUUGGCGGAUGCAGUGGUAUCAACCCUGGUAAUUGAGCAUGUCCCCGCAGAUAUCUUCUUUGCAACCGCAGGCAAGAUCCUCAAACCCAGUGGGAUUCUGUUGUUGACGAAUAUGCAUUCGGAGAUGGGCAAAAUCAGUCAAGCUGGAUUUAUCGAUCCUAAGACGGGCGAAAAGAUCCGGCCCACCAGCUAUGCUCACACCACCGAAGAAGUAGAGGCGGCGGCUCUGAGCAACGGGUUUGAGCUUCUGAGCCCGAUGGAGGAGCGGGCAGUAGACCCGAGCAUGGUCACAGUACUUGGUGAGCGUUCGCGGAAAUGGGCCGGGGUGACCGUAUGGUUUGGCGGCAUUUUUCGGAAGGGAGGUAGUAUGUGA